AUGGCAGCUGAUAAAGUUGCUAAAGAUUCAGAUCUAUUCGAAUACAAGAUUCAUGACAAAAGUAUUUUAGGUGAUGAUUGGUGUUGUAUAUAUGCCACUGGAUCAAAAGUUCCAUUCAAAAAAGAACAUUUUGAAAUGGCGAUGUUGAAUGUCAUUAGAGAACCAAAUAUCAAUUCAACAGCUGUAUUGAGAGCAGAUAUUUUGAAGGAAACACUAUAUGAUCUUGGUGUUGAAGAAUCGAAAGUUAUUAAGCAUACAGAGAAUGAAGUUGAAGUAAUUGAUCCUGAAUCUAAAGCAAUAGGAGUAUACGACAUGGAGGUUAGAAAUCCUAAAUUAAAUGAUGAAUUAGAAUUAAAAAUUUUAAGAGGCAUUGUAAGAAGAAUGGUUCCUAGAAAUCCAUAUAAAGAUUUUUCCAUAAAUCAAACUUGUUUGUUGAUGAAUAGUCCUCAAAAAUUUCCCGAGACUUCUUUAGUUAUUUAUACUCCACAUAUUAAAGAAGAAGACGAAUGUCCAUUUUAUAUACCACAUGUUGAAAGUGUGGGUAUUUUACUUCAUGAAGGUAUACUUUCAGUUCAUUAUAUUCCAUAUUCUGAUGUUUCAUCACUUAAUGACGAGUCUGAAAGAGUAGUGAGGACAGCAUGGAGGCUAUUACAAACAGCUUAUAAACACUCUAAAGGUGUAAUGCAAGGUUAUGAGAAAAGAGUAAACCAUGAUCAAGUUGUUGAUAAAGUUAAAUUUCAAGAUCGUUAUAUUAUCUUAAAGGGUAAAUAUUCAAAGUUCUUGAUUGAGAAUUGGGUCGAAUCCACUGAUCCAAAGAAACAUGUAUUUGAAGAUGUUGCAAUAGCGGCAUUUUUAAUUGAAUUAUGGAUAAAAAUAUAUGGAGAAAAUUUUCGUGAUAAGAUGCAAUUUAGAGAUUUAGGUUGUGGUAACGGUGUUCUAUGCUAUAUAUUGAUAGAAGAAGGUGUGAAGGGUAUUGGUAUUGAUGCUAGACAUCGGAAAUCUUGGUCAAUUUAUCCCAAUAAGAUUCAAAAUUGUUUAAAAGAACAAGUUAUAAUCCCAUCGGUAUUAAUUCGCCCUCAUCCUAACGUUAAGAAAGCGAUGCCAUUUUUGGAGACCAAUGGUAGUGUUUUCCCAGUUAAAGUUGUUUCUAACGAUUUGAUAGCACCAGCGACAGUAUUAUACUCAGGAGAAGAUUUGUUAAAAUCACCACAAGUUAAUGUAGUUGAAUUUGAAAAAGAUACAUUUAUUAUUGGUAAUCAUUCCGAUGAAUUGACCUGUUGGAUACCGUUGUUGGGCUAUCCGUUUAUGGUUAUCCCAUGUUGUUCACAUAAUUUGUCAGGAGAUAGAAUAAGGUACAAUGUUAGGAAAGCACAGCCGCAUCAUCAAGACAGUAGUAAAAUGGUUAAUAGUACAUAUGCUGGAUUAGUUGAUAGAGUUGAGUAUAUUGCAGAAAGAGUUGGAUGGGAAGUUGAAAAAGAGAUGUUGCGUAUACCAAGUACUAGGAAUGCAGCAAUAAUUGGGUAUAAAAACGAUAAAUUACCAGAAUUCCCUACACAAGAGGUGUAUGAUAUAUUAUUUGAAGAUGGAGGCCCACUAAAUUGGGUCCAGAAUGCUAUGAACUUAGUCAAGCGUAAUCCACGUAAUCACUGA